AUGACAGCAUCCUCCUCCUGGAAGUGGGACGACGGAAGCAGUGCCUCGUGGACCAACUGGGCCGCCAACCAGCCUGGGACGGAGAAGUGUGCUACUCAGAACGAGACUGGGAGCUGGAGUACGACCCCUUGCUCUGAAACGCAUCCGGUCACGUGUGAGAAACCGGCUGGUUCACCGGAUGCGCUUCCGUCCACCUGUGACAACCUGUACAGCCAGAGGCUUACCCUCAGUGGGACGUACUUGCUGUCAGGAGGUCACGAGACGUGCGGGCUCACAGAUUCGUCACGGUGCCCUGACGGUGUGUCAUAUGCCUUCGGAAGGAGUUGCUACGAGUUCGUGCUCAGCGGGCGCACGUUUGAGAGCGCGCGCCAGCACUGCGUGUCCCACGGUAAACAGUUGUACAGUCCUGACACGGGGGAGGACGCCGCCAUGUUGAGAAACGCCAUCUCCAAGAUUACUGAGUUGGCCGAAGUGAAUAACUGGUUUAUCGGUCUAUAUGAUUUGGACCUCGAUCACCAUUACACAACCACAGACGGGUCGGCGUUGUUCUACUACAACUGGGCGGCCUCGGAGCCUCGCUCUAACUACAAGCGCUGUGUACGGUGGGGGGACACUGGCACUUGGUUUAGCGAAGACUGCGCCACUUCUCUGCCAUUUAUAUGCGAGACAAAUUCGGGGUACCAAGGUUGCUAUAACGUUCCUUCAUCAACAUCCGGGUACCGGAACAAGGUGGUCUAUCCGCGCAUGACAUUAAUGACGUGUAGAAAGUACUGCCGCGGAGUAGAGAGGCCUCAGCUGUAUGCCGGAGUGUCUGGACAAACCUGUUACUGUAUGAGUUCACUGACGACCUCAAAAGUCGCCGACUCAGCUUGCGAUGCGGUCUGUCCUGGCAAUCCGGUACAGACUUGUGGCGAGAACGGAGUGAUGACGGUGCUGGUAACAGUCAUGUAUAAUAUACGGGAGGCAUCCUGCGAGGACCUAUACAACCAAGGUGUCGUAAUGCCCGGAUGGUACCGCAUAUUUCCGCGAGGACACGGGAGCAUGGCGCGAGUCUAUUGUCAUGGUCAAGAAAGAGCAAAUGAUUUUCUUCUACCAAGCGUACAGGAUAGUGACAUCGCUGUCUCGUCAUCUGAAGGAACAACAGGAUCUGGUGCUAUAUCGUAUGACGGCAGUUAUGGAAGAUUGUUUCAAGAGAGCGCUUCGUUAUAUGAUGCUUGGCGGCCGGCAGAGAACGAUAGCAACUCCUACGCAUCUGUCACACUCCCUGAAGCAUCCUAUAUUACCGGAUUCGUCACAAGAAAGCCCCUGAACUGGUUGGAGAAAUUCCAACCUGCCACAAAUGGAUUCAACUUCCCGGUGCCCGAGCUUGACCUGUCCGGCUUGACCUCUCUGACCUUUGAAGUAAAGGCCUGUAAACAUAUUGGCAUGCUUUUGACCACAAGUGCGGGAGAGGCCGCUAGAGGCAGUCAAGGUUACAAAAUCAUGAUAGACAGAGGCGGUGGAACCUCCAUUAUUCAACUAGAUAAGGGGUCGGAGGUAAAAGUCAGCGUCACAAAUACCAAGAUUGCAGAUUGUGCGGAAUACAAGGCGUUCUGGGUGAGCUGGGCUAACGGUGUCAUACGCGCAGGCGCCGGAAGACGGGUUGGCACGGGAACAAUUAUGUCGUGGACGGACAGUCAAAGACGGUAUACUGUGACGUCACUCGCACUGUUGACGUGGGGUAGUUUUCCGGGGCUUCACUGGAGGUUUCCAAUAACAGAGCCCCAAGGAUUGGUAUACGCAUUCAUCCGUGCACCAGAUUCGGGUGCUUCCAAAAGCCACGUUGCUGGUGUGGACCUUUCCAAUUCCACUUUUCUCUCCUUCUCCGUCAGAGGUUGCUAUAACGCCAAUAUCAUGCUUGCCGAGAGCGCCACAGAGGCGGAAAGCGGGACAGAAGGCUACUACAUCAUUAUAGGAGGUUCGUCCGGAACCAGCGCUUCAAUAAAACGCAGUUUUAGUCAAUCUGGGUCAAAUGCCGCAACGACGACGUCGUCUCGUCUUACAAACUGCACCGAGUACCUGUCUUACUGGGUGAGCUGGAGGGAUGGGUUGAUAGAGUUAGGAACGGGACAGCAGUAUGGGGUUGGUGCUUUCCUGAACUGGACUGAUUCCAACCCCAGGACCGUCACAGCCUUAGCUAUAUCCACAAAAGCUGGCUCGUCAGGAAUAGAAUUUGAAAUAAACGCCCCGGAGUCAACGCAAAGCUACAGUUCCAGACUUCUGUAUGGUGAUUCAGAAAACGAUCUAACGUACUACGAUGCCACUAAUGAUAGCACACAAGCCGUCACGUUCGACGGAAGCUCCGUGCCCUACCAACUGGUUUACCAAUAUCUAGAGAAGCCAAAGGUUGCAAAGCACGUACGCCUGGAGUUUGACAACACAGACCGCGUGAGAUUCGAUAUUCUUGGCGUACCGCUGUCUCAAUUCGCACAGGACAAAGGUCAUGUUGGCUGUUUCGUUGAGUCUGCUGAUGGUACCGACCUUGACCUUCCGUUCCUGGUGGGCAACCUGCCCAAUGCCACGGCGUGCAUGCUGUCGUGUGAGGCACAGGGAUACAGAUACGCGGGGAUAGCCGGAGGUGUAAAUUGUUCCUGUGGUACUACCAUAGGGCGGUACGGGAUGGUGAAGGACUACGAGUGUAAUGUACAGUGCCCUAACAUGCCUGGCUACAAGUGUGGGGGAACGGGAAGGAACUCCAUAUACCAAAUAUGGGAGACAACAUGUCCAGAAGUCCCAAGUGUCCAGUUCGCCACUCCUAACACCACGGACCGUGUCCACAACACUGUGGUCAGUUACACCUGCAAUCCCGGCUACAUCAAGCCUGAGGGAUUCUACUCCGCGGACAAAGUGGUCACGUGUCGUCAGACUACGUGGACGGGAGAAUUACCCAAUCCAUGCAGGCCAAUAGAAUGUAACAGCACUGUCCCGAGCCUGCCUCAUUCCACUGUGAACUGGACAGACAUAACUUACCUGAGCACUGCCACUUACACCUGUGACACGGGGUAUGCUUUACCUGACGGCUCCACUACGCAUGUCGCUCACUGCCAGAUCAGUGAAGAGUGGGGGCCGCUUAGGCACUGCCAACGUAAGUGUUUAUUCUGUUAG